AUGGUUACUCUGAGUGAUAUUAUCGAUCUGUCGUCGACCUCACUAUUAUUGUCGGCGGCCACCAUUGCCUUCAACCCUAUUUUCUGGAACAUCGUUGCCCGCGCAGAAUACAACAAUCAUAUCCUGACUCGUAUCUUUGGAGGAGCUUACAGAGGAUGUUAUGCUCUCGCUUUUGCCAUCUUUUCGCUCGGUAUUCUGCGUGAUCAUGUGUACCAGGUCGCUCUGGAGGAGCAGCCGUUUUACGCCCCCGUACACCAGCCCAUCAUCGGUGGAAUUCUGUUUGCGGUGGGCUCCGUGUUAGUCCUGUCUAGCAUGUGGGCUCUUGGGGUGACUGGAACUUAUCUUGGUGACUACUUUGGCAUUCUGAUGGAUGCCCCCGUCACUGGCUUCCCGUUCAACGUGACUGGUUCGCCGAUGUACUGGGGAAGUACUAUGAACUUCCUGGGAGUCGCUCUGUACAAGGGUCGGGUGGCCGGUCUCUUGUUGACUGCUCAGGUCUUUGUCCUGUACUUUUUCGCUCUCAAGUGGGAGGACCCCUUUACUGCUGAGAUUUAUGCCAAGCGUGAGCGUGAGCGUGCCAAGAAGCAGGGAGGCAAGAAGCAGUAA